AGCUUCAUCUACCUAUCACAUGGGGAAUUUCCAGUGCAAGUACUCUGGGCUCUGGACCCUGCAGCGGGCCUUGGCCAGGGAAACAAACCCAGCGAAGUGGAACCUGGUUGGGCACCACCAGUAUUUUCCAGCUAGUACUUGGUGAUAGCUUACUUCCACAAGCUCAGUCUGAUGGGGGGCUGUGACAUAAAUAAAGACAACUAGAGGUCAGCUCCCCAAGAAUGCUCACUCUGAGUCCACUCCAGGCCCUCUGCCUGAACGCCCUUCCCAUUCUCGCCUUGCCAGACUUCCCCUAUGUGCUGACUUACCUGCUGAAAGUCUCAAGUGGGGAUUCCUGUUCUAUUUCCCUGAUGAGAAGAUGGAGGUCAGGAGGGAUGUGACUGUCCUGGGGGCUCCCAGAGGAGUGGUAGUGGACUUUAGUCAGCCCAACUACAAGUCUUCACCAGGUGGGACCGGAGAGGCAAAGUUGGCUUGGCAUGGUUUAGAAUUUGGGAUCUGGGCAUGGAGUUGGCUCAGCCUGGUUCAGGAUUUGGGUUUAAAUGCCGGGUGGGAUGGGGGUGAGUCAUCUCUGACUCCUGCUCCUGGAACUGACAGGCUCUGCAUAUGGGCUUGGUGGCCUGAAUGGAGGGGACAGAGAGGAACUCAGGGAGCCUGGUCAGGGCCACGUGAUAAUGAUGAGAUCGCAGGGGCAUGACCCUUGGGGUCCAGGCAGCUUGACGUGGACCAGACCCGGACGCUUUAGCUGGGGCAGGGGGCGCGGUUGAAGCAGCAGCCCCCGCCCACCCCCGCUUGGCCGGGGCACGGCAGGAGGGGGCGCCCGCGGCCCUCCCGGCGCUCGGGAGGGACAAAGGCCGGAGCCCCGGCCCCUCUUCAGCGGGUGCGGUGGCGGCCCGCGCUCCAAGAGUACGUGCGGCUGGGCCGGGGCCCGGGGCGACCCCGGCGCCCAGCCCAUCGCCGCCUGACUUGUCGGUGCCCGAGGUCGCGCGCCCAGGAGGGGGCGGCCGGGGAUCUCCAAGCGUUUGCGCUCCCUCCUCCCUCCCGCCCUGCUCCCGCCUGCUCGGUGGUGGUGGCGGCGGUGGCGACGGAGGAGGAGGUGGAGACGGCUGGCAGACGGCGGCCAGGCGAGCGCGUUGGCCGAACCCGGGCCAUGGCGCCCGCGCAGCGCCCACUGCUGCCAGUGCUACUGCUGCUGCUCCUGCCACCGCCGUCGCCGCCCUUAGCGCGCGCCGAGGACGCCGCCCGAGCCAACUCUGACCGCUACGCCGUCUACUGGAACCGCAGCAACCCCAGGUUUCAUGCGGAUGCAACGGACGACAGUGGGGGUUACACGGUGGAGGUGAGCAUCAACGACUACCUGGACAUCUACUGCCCACACUACGGGGCGCCGCUGCCGCCGGUCGAGCGCAUGGAACACUACGUGCUGUACAUGGUCAAUGGCGAGGGCCACGCCUCCUGUGACCACCGGCAGCGCGGCUUCAAGCGCUGGGAGUGCAACCAGCCCGCGGCGCCCGGGGGACCGCUCAAGUUCUCUGAGAAAUUCCAGCUCUUCACGCCUUUCUCGCUGGGCUUCGAGUUCCGCCCAGGCCACGAGUACUACUACAUCUCUGCCACACCUCCCCAUGCCGUGGACAUGCCCUGCCUGCGGCUGAAGGUUUACGUGCGGCCAACCAAUGAGACCCUGUACGAGGCUCCUGAACCCAUCUUCACCAGCAAUAAUUCGUGCAGUAACCUGGGCAGCUGCCAGCUCUUCCUCAGCACCGUCCCAGUGCUCUGGACCCUCUUGGGCUCCUAGUCCCGGCCUGCAAGACACCAGCCCCACCUGGACGACCGCAUCCAAGACCAAAUAGAGACACCUAGCUCUCCCACAACUGGUGCUGCCCCACUUGCAGAGGCCUGCCCACUGGCCCUAGGACAGACCCCAGGGGCAGGGGGCAGCCAGCUGCCCCAGAUGCCCGAAGGGCAGUAUGUGAGCUCAGCUCCUGGCCAGGCCAUCUCAUCAGGAGCCCUGGAGAACCUGAGAAAUUGUCAGUGAUAUUGGGGGUUUUUGUUUCUUUUUCAUGGUUAGAUAAGAAAGACUUGAGUUUUUAAUUUAAUUUAUUCCUUGCUGUUGCCAGUGACUUUGGGAAGGAAACAGAAUGGAUGAGGUGGAGGGCCUUGGCCCCCUGGGGGAUGGGGAUGGGAAUCCCUAGUCUGGUUACUCCAUUUGUUGGGUCCUGGCUGAAGGCCACAACAGACCCCACAGUUACCCCAGGACAGGCCAGUAUGAGGCAGAGGGGCAAGGUGAGAACCCUCACCUCUGAGCCCACCUCAGACUCCCGUCCCCCCAGUCCCAACCCCACCCUCCUCGUGCCUGGUGGUUGUCACCCAGAGUGGAAACUCACGCCGUUACAUCAGAGGCCACUACGCAGCCUGGCCCCCUUGGAAUCACAGUUCUCCACACUGUCCUACAGCCUCUCACGGUCGGUCGCCCCUGCGUUCGAGAAGACGUUACAUUUCUGUAAAUAGAGCCAGCAAGUAUAUACUGUGAUUUAUUUUUACUGUAUUCCUGAGGACAAACUGGACAGGUGGUUGUUUCGUUUUGGUCACACCUUCAUGGGGGUCUUUUAUUUUGGCGGGGGUGGGGUGGACUUUUUAGAAUAGAAGCUGCACUUUGCAAUAAGCUUGUUCGUCUGUCAGAGCCCCCUCCUCUACUCCAUGACUAGUGACGUUUAUAAGAAAAAAGAAAACGGGACACAACAAAAUGGGGGGUGGGAGUGCCACCAAAAAGAGGAAGUGGCCUCCCAAAGACACUUUAAUUAAACAAACAGCACAUUUAUACAGAUUUCAUAUUUCUACCCUCCUUUCCUGAUCUGUGUUUUAUAUAUAUUAUAUAUAAAUAUAUAUGGUGCACAGCUGCCAGGAGACCACCAGGCAUGCCAGCUGGGGGGGCUUUUGUAGGGGUUGGCAUGGGCGGUGGUGUCGCCACACCUGGAGCUGGUGAUGGCACCUCCCCCUUCCCAUCACAAUCAACGUUGGAUUCUGUAUUUUUUAUAAUAAAAUGAGCAUAAACUUGUA